AUGAAGUGGUAUUAUUUGGGACAUAAUACUAGAAGACAUCUUUUAACUUGCUAUUAUCUAACUUGCGCUUUUGGUUAUCCUCUCUAUGCAGCUCUUAAUUGGGAUAAAUUUAUACCAAGACAAAUAGAAAAUAUAGAUGAAAAAUUAGAAAAAAAGAAUGUUUAA